UUUUAGAAUGGACUUGCUCGAUCAGAUAGCAUCAAUUCCACCAAACUUGUUUAGUCUAACUCUCAAAGAAGAGCUUGUAUUUUUCCAGACUCUAGCGGACUCUCAGCAGUGAGAGAUUCAUCCUGAGACCUUGAAACUUAUAAUUAUUCAAGAUAAAAAUGUUUGACUACAGGAAACUUUGGCUCAGAUGUAUAAUUGCCAUCUCAAAAAGCUGAAAAACGUUUACUUUCCCCUCUGGACUAAGCUUAGCACAAGGUUCAAGAAAGUUCUAGUACUCCAACAUAGACUCUUCAAGCAGAAAGAUAUUGAAAGCUGGAAAUUUGCUGAAACAAAGAUCAAAAUUUAUGAACUGAUUGAAUGGCUUCUCGAACUCUCAGAGAGUCACUUACUUUUCAAAACCUAUGUACAAGAUUUUAGUCAGCAUGAUCUAGAAAUAGACCUCUAUUGAGAGAAAAGCCUUGCCCAAAAUGCAGAUGUGAAGAAAAUAGUCGACCAUUUCCUAAAUGAUAUGAAGAAAUCUAACUCGAUUAUAUGGGUGAAGAAUUGUCAGAAGUUAAUCGAGAACACCACGUAUAAUUUCCCUCUUUACACUAAAUAAAGAAGUGUUUUCAACUCUACUCGACCUCUGGGCAAGAAAUCAUCCUUUAUUCAGAAAAAGCACUUUCGAUUUGCCGCGAUAUAAAAUUAUUGAAGCAUUUGAGUGAUAUGACCCUUCUGAAAGCAAUAGGGAUUAUGAAAAAGAUCAACCUGUGUACAAUAUGAGAUAUCUUGAAUCUCUCAUUAUCCAAGCACAAUAUGAUUUAUUACUAAGUGCUUCAAAAUAGCUUCACCACAAAAUUUUGGGAGAACCCUAACAAAGCUAAAACAAAAUCAGUCCCAAUAAAAUCAGAACUUAGUGUACCUGUCUCCUUUUGCAGUGAGACAAACUCUCCAGUUUUCAACAGAAAGAGCACUGAUAUAGACAGCAAUGUUUUUGAUUUGCAAGAAUAAUGGAAUAAGCUUAGU